AGUCUAGUCAGAGCUUGAACGAGAUUAGACGGAGGCUCCUUUCGCAAUUUCCUACCCGAGCUGCUGAUUUACUGGUUUUCUCUUAUUUUCUUAUUUGACAUUGUCUUGAUUUUCUGCUGAGCAACCCAGACACCUUCAGAAAUGGAAGAAGAAAAUGGUCCAAAGAUCUUUACUGGCUCCUCUGAUGUAUUUUGUGGAAUCACAGUAGAAACAGAGUCACAGAACUGGAACACAAUGGAUGAAUUUAAAACAAUACUGACAGAUUCGCUUGAUCACUGGAAGGAGACUGGCAAGAGAGGUAUCUGGAUCAAAAUACCCUUACACCAGGCUGACCUUGUUGGCAUUGUUGCUAAGCUUGGCUUUGUGUUCCACCAUGCUCAACCAAGUUAUGUGAUGAUGACAAGAUGGCUUCCUGAAGAUGAACCCAAUAUGCUGCCAGGCUUUGCUACACAUUACAUUGGUGUCGGUGGCUUUGUUUUGAAUGAAAAUAAUGAGCUGUUAGUUAUUCAAGAGUUGUAUGCAAACAAACGGCAAUGGAAACUACCAGGAGGAGCCGCAGACCCAAAGGAAGAUAUACCAGACGCUGUUAGGCGUGAAGUCCUUGAAGAGACGGGGAUAUCUGCAGAGUUCAAGUCCAUCUGCUGUUUUCGUCACUUGCAUCAAUUUCGCUUUGGCAGAUCCGACAUCUACUUUGUGUGCCAUCUGCAACCUUUGACCUCGGAGAUCAAGAUGGACCCCAAAGAAAUAGCAGCAUGCACAUGGAUGCCCAUCAAGGAUUACCUGGAGCAUCCUGAUGUCAGUGAAGGCAACAGGUACUUUGCCAGGCAAUGCCUCACUGUUCUAUCUAAAGACUGUAAGGUGAAUCUUCGUCCAGAGAAAAACAACAAGGUGCUAGUAUACUCCAUCCUUCCCAAAUCUGUGGCCACUACAUCAGAAACCUCUUCCACUGACGAUGAACACAGAGAAAGCGCGAGUGACAGCAUGGAGAAAUUGUCGCUUGGAAAGAGUUGAUGAUUACCACAAUUCAUAUGUAAAACUGAUCAAGUUAUAGUUUUCAGUAUUCAUCUAUGUAAAAUAUAUGCCCAUUCCUACGAGACAUUUGUUUCAUAUUACCAAUCAGAAAUCCUUUUUUUUAACGAAUUUCAUAUUUCAUUGUCUUUCCUAGUGAACAACUGACCAUGGCAAAUAAAAGUGCACUUUGGCAUUUUGUCUGUCAAGUACUUUUUAAUCUGGUUUGUAAAGAAUGCUCAGGUAAUGUGAAAAUAUCAACCUUCAACACAUGGGCCUUCAAGCCCAUCUCCAGUUUAAAUACCAAUAUGAAUAUUUAUCUCUGAUUAGAUAUAUAAUGAAAAUGUUUGCUUUUCAUACAAAGGUACAUUUUGCAAUCUGAGAUCUGAUAUUACUCCCAUCUUUUCCAGAAAAUCUCAUUUAGUUUUUGCAAUUAGUGCAAGGAAUUUUUUUCCCAAAUAAAAGUCAAAGUCAUUUUUUUAAACCUAAUUAAGAUAGUGCAAUACAUUUUUUAUACCCUAAUUGGCCCUACCUUCUAGUCAUAAAAUCUCACAGAUAUGUAGUUUAUGGGAAAGAAUGAACACAUAACCAGGAUUCAAAUCUUUGACCAAAGGACUACUAGUAUUGUAGUCCUUACUUUACUUUCAUGUUUAUCUAUCUUCAUAUGGAAGUUUUCCCUUUGCCUUUAUAUUGACUAGUUCAAAAAUAAGAACUUGUAUUCAAGGUCUUUGGCAAACAAAAUUUUGGAAUUUAGAGGGAUUGUGAACAUCAUCGAAAGAAGGAAUUCCGAUUGUGAUCGAAUGUGAAGUCUACUAUUUAUAACUCUUUCUUGUGUAAUAAUACCUAACCUUUUUGAUGUAAUUGAAGCCUUCAAGUUUCUAAUAAAGCAGCGAAUCAUGAAAUCAGUGGGCAGACCAUGUAGCCCAGUGCAGCUGUGUAGAAUGUGUCUGUCAGAAGAAUUCUUCACAGUAUGGUGGUACCUUAUCACCUUCACAGUAUGCUGGUACCCUAUCACCUUCACUGUAUGGUUGUACCUAUCACCUUCACUGUAUGGUGGUACCCUAUCACCUUCACUGUGUGGUGGUACCCUAUCACCUUCACUGUGUGGUGGUACCUUUUCACAUUCACUAUAUGGUGGUGCCCUAUCACCUUCACUAGUUGGUGGUACCCACUCACAUUCACUAUAUUGUGGUACCCUAUCACCUUCACUGUUUGGUGAUACCUUAUUACAUCUGUAUGGUGGAACCCUAUCACCUUCACUGUAUGGUGGUACCCUAUCACCUUCACCCUAUGGUUGUACCUUAUCACCAUCACUGAAUGGUGGUACCCUAUUACCUUCACUUUGUGGUUGUACCCUAUCACCUUCACUGUAUGGUGGUACCUUAUCACCUUCACUGUAUGGUGGUACCCUUUCACCUUCACUGUGUGGUGGUACCCUAUCACCUUCACUAUAUUGUGGUACCCUAUCUCCUUCACUGUUUGGUGAUACCUUAUUACAUCUGUAUGGUGGUACCUUAUCACCAUCACUGAAUGGUGGUACCCUAUCACCUUCACUGUAUGGUGGUACCCUAAUCAGCUUCACUGUAUGGUGGUACCCUACCAACUUCACUGUAUGGUGGUACCCUUUAUCACCUUCACUGUUUGGUGAUACCUUAUCACCUUCACAGUAUGAUGGUACCUUAUCACCUUCACUGUAUGGUGGUACCUAUCACCUUCACUGUAUGGUGGUACCUUAUCACCUGCACUGUAUGGUGAUACCCUUUCACCUUAACUGUAUGGUGGUACCCUACCACCUUCACUGUGUGGUGGUACCCUAUCACCUUCACUGUGUGGUGGUACCUUAUCACCUUCACUAUAUGGUGGUGCCCUCUCACCUUCACUAUAUUGUGGUACCCUAUCACCUUCACUGUUUGGUGAUACCUUAUUACAUCUGUAUGGUGGUACCCUAUCACCUUCACUGUAUGGUGGUACCUUAUCACCGUCACUGAAUGGUGGUACCCUAUCACCUACACUGUAUAAUGGUACCUUAUCUUCACUGUAUGAUUGUACCCUCUCACCUUUGCCUUAUCACAAAAUCCCAGAUGUCUUGAUAAAUAAUUUAUCUCUUGUCUUGGCUAAGCUUGGGACAUCUUAAAGGAUGGUAAUCAGGUUAUCACCCACUGGGACGAAUGGAUGUUGCUACUAAAUGAUGUUCCCUCCCAAAGUCAUGUGAUGACUUCAAUUCAAAUAUCAGAGCCAUAUGAAUGCAGUAUUUUUGAUGGAUUUUAUAGAUUUAGCCUCACUUCUUCAGGGACUUUUCUAUUUCUUGAAAACGAGCAAUGGCAUUACUGCUCUGUUGAUUAAAAAGGUUUCAUAGAAUUUGCAGGGUAGUAUUCAGGGUUCUGCAUUAAUUUCACAUACAGUCUGACCUCUCUUAUCCGGCCUCCCCUUAACCGGAUCUUUCUAUUAUCCGGAUGCACACUUGCAGAGAUUUUUUUUUUCAAUCUAGUACGUGGGGAAAUUAGAUUUCAAUCUAAAAUCAAAAUUCCUAUAUGCUAACUCACUUUUAUUGCAUACAUUUUCCAAUAAAGUCUACCUACAACUACAUUAUUUUUUAUGAAAAUAUCUUGUGCAAAUUACCGAAAGAACUUAGACAACAUAGUUUUCCAGUAAAUCAGUUCACAGCGCAACCAUUUGUCACCUUCUCUUUUGUUUUUCAGGGAAAACACAAAACAACACGUCUUGCAUUAUGGACAGCGCCAUCUGUCAUGUUUGAGCCUACAGUUAGUAUAACAAUGGCUGACUUUGUGAAGCUGCAAUGCCUGCUGCGAUGAUCCAAUUUUCUAACUUAGUUUUGAGUCAUUCUUUUUCUUUCAAGGUAUGCUCGAUGUAUUCCUCAAUCAUUUCGGCAGGUAACUUAUCCAAGAGUUUUGGCAACCAAUUAAUUUCAUUUCCGUAAAAAAAAUGCCUAUGAUUUGUACUGACACUGCAGUGAAUACUGUCUAUGUACCGGUACGCCCACUACAAUAGAUUACGUGUAUUGGGGAGGCAGCUGCGUGUAUUUAAUAUUGGGUCUCCCAGAUCCUGAUAAAUCCCUUAUCUAUAUUGGUGCUGGUCCCAGCUUGUCCGGAUAAGAGAGGUCGGACUGUACUGUGAAGGCUGAAUGUAUUUGUUUUAAUAUUGUACAACCGCAACAAUUUUCACUUCCUGAUACAGUUUAUCCUACCAAAGUAAAGUUAAAUGCAAUAGACUUUAAUUCUUGUGUGAAUUUCACAUUGUGGAUUGCAAUUGC